UUACUUCCGCUGCUGCCUUGAUCGAUUUCAAUCUGUGUUAUUCCGCGCGAUGUGGGGCUUCUGCGCUGGAGUCGGUCUGGCAGCCGACGACCCGGUGGAUCUUGGGUGCCGCCACCUUGGGGGGCUCUGUAGGAUGCGUGGCUGGUUUGUGUUGAUGGGGUUUUCCCUGAAAAUGUAGGAAAUUCUUGUUUACGUUGCUGUUUGCUUGUGGUAAGUUGAUCAGCUGUGGGAUGGGGUGUGUUGCUCUUGGGUGAAUUUGUGUGCUAGAAAUGGGAGAUCCCCUCUCUGUUUUAAAUAAUAAUAAUAAUAAGAUAAAAUAAAAGAAUUGUGUGCUAGAACGCAUUGUGAGUGCUAUGGAGAGAAUUUCUUGUAAGCAGGUGUAGAUUUGCUGGUAUAGCUUGGGCGAUUGAAGAUGCUUCUGAUUUGUGUGAUGAGAGGUACUGAGCUAAGGACUAAGGUGGAUAGUCAGAGUCAAAGUGGUUUUGUGUGAAUAGUGAUGGACUUCUAUGAGCUCCAUUCAAAUUCAUUAUGACACAUUGGCGCUAAUCGGAGCAAGAUUGAUGUUGAUUUGAACUCCAGAUGGGCAUUGUGAAGUUAAUUGUGCUUGAUCAGCUUGAUGAUAGUGUUGUCAGUUGGUGUAAGUGUGUAGCUAAAAGCCUAACACGACUAUAUGAGGAGUACUAAGGUAAACUUGUGAAGGAUAAUAUGCAUGGGAUAGAACAACUUGGUAGGAUCAAACAAGCUUUAAGUUUGUUUAAAUUGUUCUUGGGCCAGCAUACAGUGUCCAUAUAUAUUUAACAAGCUGAAAUGAUGGAAUUGGUACUUAUCUUUUUGGCUUUAACUACAGCCCCCUACCCGUACAGGCUGAUUAUGUUUUGAGUUUUGCUUACUACUCCCUCUGUUCCAAAAUAUAAGCAUUUCUGUGAGUUUUAGCAGAAAUUAAGGUUGGGAUGAGAUGGUUGUGAUUGGUUGAGAUGAGGAAGUAUGCGGAGAAAUUAAACGAGAGAUCGGUGGUCGUGAAUGGUUGAAAUGAGAAAAUUUGACAAGAUUACGUUUAGGAGACCAAAGGAUGCUGCAAAGGAAACUGGUUCAGCAAUGGUUCAGAUACUUGUUUUUGAGAUAGAAGAUCGUGAGAUGAUUGGUGGAUCAGCAUAUGGAGGUCAGAAAGCUAUUUGUUGUACCUCAGAUCUUGCGAAGUUAGGAGCUUGCACGGAAGGUUCUGUCAUCUAUCGGCCAUCACAGGUGAAUCCUGGCUGGCCACAGUUGCUUUUUUCAUCUUUUGAUGGAAGUGACACGAUUGCAACACUACCUUCAAGGAUCAUUCCUAUAACAAAAACCGGGAUGUACAAUAUGUACUUCAUACACUGUGAUCCAUCACUUGCUGGUCUGGAGAUAGAGGGGCAAACCGUAUGGAAAAAUCCUACUGGGUAUCUUCCUGGUCGGAUGGCACCUCUUAAGAACUUUUUUGGAAUUAUGUCAUUCGCUUUUGUUGUACUUGGGAUUUAUUGGUUCUAUCAGUACAUGAAGUUUUGGCGUGAAGUUCUGCCACUGCAAAACUGUAUUACUCUUGUCAUUACAUUGGGCAUGCUUGAGAUGUCAUUGUGGUAUUUUGAGUAUGCUGAGUUCAACGAGACUGGUGUUCGACCAAAGGGCAUCACAUUUUGGGCUGUAACAUUUGGGACUGUUAAAAGAACAGUAGCCCGUGUUAUUAUUCUCAUUGUCUCAAUGGGAUAUGGAGUUGUCAGGCCUAGUUUGGGUGGUCUCACAUCAAAGGUGGUUAUGCUUGGAGGAACAUUCUUUUUAGCUACGGAAAUCCUUGAAUUGGUAGAAAAUCUUGGUGCCGUAAAUGAUCUAUCUGGAAAAGCUCGAUUGUUCUUGGUUUAUCCCGUGGCUAUUUUGGAUGCUGCAUUCGUUGUUUGGAUUUUUAUUUCGCUAGCUAAGACCCUUGACAAACUUCAGGCCAGAAGGUCAAUGGCCAAACUUGACAUUUACAGGAAAUUCACAAUAGCAUUGGCUGUAACUGUUCUGGUGUCUAUUGGCUGGAUUGGCUAUGAGAUUUACUUCAAAUCAACAGAUGUAUUCAAUGAACGAUGGCAGUAUGCAUGGAUAAUUCCUGCGUUCUGGCAUGUCUUGUCUUUCUCACUUCUUUGUGUCAUUUCAUACCUGUGGGCGCCGUCACAGAACUCAAUGAGGUUUACCUAUGAUGCAAGCGAAAACUUUGAUCGAGAGGACAGUCUGUCACUAAUAAGGCCAGGUCCCAUUGCUUCCAAGAACGGGUGGAGUUUAUCUUCUUCACCAGACACCAAAGCAACAAAGAACGUUACAGUUACAUCUUUUGAUGGAGAUGACGAAGAAAACAAAAGGGAGUAGAAGGGGCACUGUGCAUUUCAUGAGGGAGAGAAGAUACAGCCACAUUCAAAUUUUGGUAUGCAGCAGAUCACACUUUACUAAUUCUAGUUGUCGGGAUACGCCAAGGGAAUUAUGGAAGUAAUCUUUAUUGAAUUCAUUUCCUCCAUAUAGUAGUUUUUCACACGGUGCGCCACGUUAUAGGCAUCACUGUAUGGAUGAUGAUAUAUAUGAUAGGAACAAUUUAUCUAUGCCAUCCAGAGGAUGUGUGGUGUAUAAUGUGUAUUUUUGUAGAUUUGAUGCUGCUUCUGGUUUAUGUGAACUCCAAGAUUGUCAUGUACGGUAGAAGAGAAUGUUGUUUUUCUGUGUUUUAUUUAUUUAUUCUUGAUUACUAA